AUGGCAUUGAGCGUUUCUUCAAAGGAAGGUAGCAUGAGAAGUUAUUGCCGUAUUAUGCUGUUCCUCUUCCUCUUGGAUUCUCUCUGUUACUCCUCCUUGGCCACCGUCACAGCAUGGCCUGUGGUAUAUAAGUCUCCUAUGAUUUUGAACGUGGAGGAAGCUUGGGUGAUUGAGAUGGCGAUUUUGGCCGUGAAAGAGCAUAACAAGAGAUCUAAGGCGAAUCUGAAGCUACAACAACUCCUUAGUUGCGUAGCAGACGUAUCCCCCAUUGACACCAUCUACAUCCUUCAGCUGUUGGCCAGGGAUGGAGUCCACACUCACAAGUACACGGCUCAAUUAAUUCAGACCGCCUCAUCAUCCACUUGCAAGCUACGCCGCUUUGAACGUGCACCGUAA